AUGAAUACGGAUACCAAGCUCGAUGCGGAUACAUCUACCGACAGAAUCACCGCUUGGGGGGGUACUACCGGUUCCAGCACACAAAUAGCAGACCAAAGCGACGCCGAAAGCAUAGGAGGCCAACGCAAUAGCGACCUCCCCCGAAAACGCCUCCUAAUCUCCAUAACCGCCCUAUCAGUAUGCCUCUUCGUAUCGUUCCUCGACCAGACAAGCGUGUCAACGGCUACACCCUCUGUAGCUGGCGAGCUCCAGACAGGGACUUCGACGUCAUGGAUAGGAACUUCAUUUUUGAUAGCGUCGACGGCAUUUCAGCUUAUCAACGGCCGACUCUCGGAUAUCUUUGGCCGGAAGAAUAUGCUGUUGCUUUGUUUGUUUCUUAUGGGUGUUGGUGAUUUGGCUUGUGGUUUUGCAAAGACGCCGGUGCAGUUGUACGUCUUUCGGUCGAUUGCUGGUGUUGGUGGUGGGGGGAUUAAUAGCUUGGUCAUGAUUAUCGUGAGUGAUAUCACAUCACUGCAAAAUCGUGGGUAUUAUCAAGGAAUGCUGGGAGCCAUCAUCGCCCUCGCCAACGGCGUUGGACCUUUCUUAGGCGGUGCGAUCGUUCAAUCUGCGACUUGGCGAUGGGUUUUCUGGAUGAUACCCAUCAUCACUCUACCUACUACAGCAAUUAUCUGGUUCUACCUCCCGUUAAAGCAUCGCUCGGGGGAAUACAUGGAGAAGAUCAAGAAGAUCGACUAUGGAGGCAUUGUUCUCAACAUCGCGUCGACACUACUACUUCUGAUCCCCAUAUCUGGAGGAGGCAUCACUUACGCCUGGACAUCUGCUUUCUUCAUCGCCACCGUCGUCAUCAGUAUCUUUCUAGCCGUUCUUUUCGUUUUGUUCGAAUGGAAACUGGCAAAGCUACCAAUCAUGCCUCUUCGACUCUAUCGUGCGCCUCACUGCUGGGCGCUGUACCUGCAGUCUUUCCUGACGGGUUUGGCUUACUUCGGCAACUUCUUCUAUCUACCGUUGUACUUCCAAUCGGUCCUUGGUUACGACGCACUGGUUGCAGGUGCUCUCAUCCUAGCAGUGGUUAUUCCAACAUCACUCACGUCUAUCCUUUCUGGGCAGUACAUGAGUCGCGUGGGGAGCUACAUGCACUGCAUCCUAGCUGGGUUUGCUCUCUGGACGCUUGGGAAUGGCCUCACGCUCCUCUUCAACCGGGAGACAAAGCUGGGUCCGCUGAUCGCCAUUCUCAUCGUUGAGGGCGCAGGUAUUGGGUUUACUCUGCAGCCUACGCUCGUUGGGAUGUACGCGAAUGGUCGCAGCGAGGACAGAGCAGUAACGACUGGUUUGCGAAACUUUAUCCGCACAAUCGGCGGCGCUUUCGGAGUAGUCAUCUCGGGUGUUAUCCUCUCUAACACGCUAAACAAAGAGCUUGGUGGGAGAGGUAUCGUGUCCAACGACACGAUUGCUCAAUUGACGUCAUCAACGUAUUCGUUGAGCGGUAUGGGAUUGUCGCAGCAGGAUCAGGAUAUUAUUUUAGAUGCAUACAUGAAGGGUCUGUAUUACAUAUUUGUCUUCUUUACGGUGUGCUCGGGAUUGAGUCUGGUUCUGACGUUCUGGGUUGGAAACACGAGCCUCAAAUCGCCAGCGAAAACUGAGGACGCGUCAGGUUCAACAGAUCGAGAGAUGACGGAGGAUGAGAGGCCUGGGCGGGCUGAUCUCGAAAAGGCACAGCGAUAG